AUGCCCCUGAAGCUGCCCCUGGGUCAGCCCGCACCGCACUGCUGCCUGUCCGUGACCUGCGUGACCAGGUCGUACCAGAGUCUGGCCCUGCCCUUCGGGGUCGGCUCGCCGAGGUGCGCCCACGUGCAGGAGGCGCGGGACUUGAGCGCGAGGCCCGCGGCGUCUCGCGGCAGGGAGGAGGGAGGAGGAGGAGGCGGCGGGGCGGGCGAGGAAGACGCGGCGAGCGAGAGGAGGGAAGGGCGAGAGGAGAGGGCGACCAAGAUGAGAGAGUGGCAAGAGAGCUCGCCACCUCUUCAACAACAACCACGGCACACGUCGCGACGCGCAGUGCUGUCUGGCACGCGUCUGGAUGGCGAACGCGAGAAGGGCGUCUUCGACGACCGUGAUGCCGAUGGCGACUCGUGGGCGGACACUUCUGCUACAAUUCCACCGUGCGUUCUAAAAUCACCGUCGCCGCCGCCACCACCACCACCACCAUCAUCAUCAUUCACAACUCGACUAUUGAGCCGAAACGUCUCCUUGACUCACGGCUGCGUGCCAACGUCCAUCUGCGGUGGACUCGUCUCUGCGUCCUGCCAGUCGCCGUUUGCAAAGAGCGAGAAAGAGCAUCAGCAGCGGAAGACGACGACGACUUUGGAGGGUGGAGCCCUCGCAGGACCACACGACACGGGCCAAAGUUUGGUGGCCGCGCAGGAAGCAGCAGCAGCGGCGGCGGUAGCUGAUGGGCUAUCCGUGACCACCACAAGCACCACCACCAGCACAACCACCAGCACCACCAACAGCACCACCAAGAGUCGACGGCGCCGCACGGCCUUCACCAGCGAGCAGCUGCUGGAGCUCGAGAAGGAAUUUCACUCGAAGAAGUACCUCUCUCUCACGGAGCGCUCGCAGAUCGCGCACGCGCUGCGUCUGAGCGAGGUGCAGGUGAAGAUCUGGUUUCAGAACAGGAGGGCCAAGUGGAAGCGCGUGAAGGCCGGCAACGGCGCCGCGAGGAGCGGCGAGCCGUCGAGAAACCCGCGCAUUGUGGUGCCCAUUCCUGUGCACGUGCACCGCUUCGCCCUCCGAGGGCAGCAUCAGCAGAACAAGCACCAGCAGCUGCAGGCUGAGAGCGGCCAACAGAAGCAUCAGCAGCAGCAGCAGCUUCAUCGACAACAACAGCAGCAGCCGAAUCAGCAAACGGAGCAAGAAGAACAUCAGCAGCAUGAUUAUCGGCAGCGUCAACAUCAUCAUCAGCAGCAGCAUCAAAAUGAGCGUGGAAAACAUCAGCAGCAUCAUCAGCAAUUGGAUCUGCACACGGAACAAGAGGAACAGCAGCAGCAUCAUCAUCAGAUAACGCAGUACCAAACACAAGGACAUUCCGAUCAUGAGCAACUUGAGCAGCACAUUCAGGGCUCCCAGCAACUUGCCGAUACUGCAGCGAAUGCAGAGACGUGAUUUCGUCACAAGCAGCAGCCAAACCAAGAGUCCGCAGCAGUGUAUUUAAAUAAUGUUUAAUAUUUAAAUAAUCAAACGUACAUGUUGAUUGUAAAUAUACGGCGCGGUAUGUAUGUAGUUCGGUAGGGUUUAAAAGUGAUGCUCACGAUUCAUCAGCAAACCGACGACUUGUUUCUGAAAUGUAUAUAUAAAACAUAUAACUUGUACUGUACACUGCAUUUGAUAUCUGUACUUACAUCACGUGAAUCCGUGUUGAGUAUUUCACACGGCAAGUUUCCUCCGACAUGGUGAGGAUCUCCUGACAACUUCUCGGAGCGAAACAUUUUUUGACCUCGCGGCAGAGAGGUUAAAGGCGCAGUGCCAGAGCCCUGAAAGUGCCAGAGCUCUGAAAGUGCUUUCUGCUGGUGCCACUUUGCUUGCGGAGGGACCUCUCAAUCGACAACUCGAGAGCGCCUUUUUUUUAAAGAGGGUAAUUUGGCCUACUCUUCCACUCUGGCUAAGGCUUACCGGACUUUUGGGGGCGAGUGCUGUUAGCGAGCAGCACCUAUGAAGACCGGCACGGCACACGACGGGGUGGGCGGCCAGCACCACGCCCGAGUGGCGAUGUUUCCACACCGCACCAGGUACUCAUUUGAGGCCGAGUCGACCUAGGGGAUGCCCAGAACCGGUUCAUAUUAAUCGUCGCUGGCUGAGCGUGGUCGCGCGCAUGGACUAGAACUCGCGCCGUCGGGUUCGUAGCGCAGUGCGCGACACCGCUCUCCAUACCCACACUUGACCCCACCGCACAAACGCGAUUUGCCGAUCGAGCGGCUGUCGUGUUACCCAAUUUAAAACUUGCUGGGCGGACAGAAGCGAGGAUGGUCGCUGGACGCCGAGGAGAUCGAAUCGAACGGACCCCCCCCCCUUCGAGGCGGCAAGUCCAUGCGUGCUCACCACGACAGCGCCUCCGGGACACGGCGAGGCGUCACGAAUCGUUGCUUGUGAAGUACUUGACCGAUGAAUUGCAUUAAGCACUUUUAUUGAAACAAGCGGCUUAAGACGUUGAGUUGGUGUUAACUGAACACGGAAUAACACCGCCCCUCCCCCCCCACCAGCCACCCACCCUUGUGACACAGUCUUCAUUUUACAAUGUCUCAUUUUUUACAAUGUGUAAUUUUUACAAUGUCUCCAAAUAAAACUGUCUCAAUCGGACGACGUCGUCAUUUCAUUCGUUAAAGCGGGAGAUGAAGAGGUUUUUUUUUUAUUUGGUAAUGUAUUUACGUUUCCGAAUCUCUAUAACGGACAGGCCAUUUAAAUAAACCAGCGUUCAGUAAAUGGUGAUCCAUUUAUAGAUACCCAGUUGAUAUCUACAUUAAUCAAUCUCCCCCCAUGCCUGCAGCUUACGCAUGAUUGUAAUGUAAACAAAUCACACGGGCUAUAUAGGAUUUUACGGCAUGGGGCGGGGGGGGGUGUUAAAAUAUUUAACGAGCAUGUAGAGUGAGGUGGGAGAUGUGUAGAGACUUUGAAUUAAAACGUAGGGGUUUUUUUUUUACUAUUAAUUGUCUAUUUUAGUGGGGUACCUAUAAAUGGAUCAGCCUGGACAAUAUGAAGGGAUAUCGACCCGCAUAUGACGAUGUUGCAUACAGCGUCAACCCGUACGGCUUAGCCCGUAUUCCUGUACAGGGAAAUUGAGUUUUCAGGUCCAUACGGCGUACAGCCGUUUCAAUACGGGCAACAUUCUGUGUCUGUGUUUCUCCCUUGUGAUGGGACUUUGUAGGAUGAACGUUGAGAUUUAUAAGGGGCACGGGGGUGACCAAUACGGUCUGAAUUAGGGUAGGCACUGAUGAGGGGUCGACAGGUAUGACGUAGUGUUAUAAUAAUUUGCGAUAAUUUAUCGGCAUUUGUUAACCCCACUGCUAGAUGAAGGCCUCCACACGUCGUGUCACUCAUGGGCGUAGUUUGACCAUACUUCACCACGAUGGUCCGUGCGGCUUGGGCAAAGGGGGCGGUGUGGAUGGGGGGG